UCCCCCCGGCCCCUCCGCACCCCAGGGCUGGGCCCGGCGCCGGACCGCGCGGCCUGGGCAUGGCCUCGUGGCUCGGGGGAAGCCUGGGCUCCGACCCGCUGAUGGUCCUGCUGGUCCUCAUCCUGCUGGCGCGCUUCCUUCUCUGGUCCUGCCUCGGCACCUACAUUGACUAUAAGCUGGCGCGGCGGCAGCGGCGCAAGCCCAAGGAGGACUAGGGGCCCGGCAGGACGCCGGCUCUCAGCGCCACGCAUGUGCGGGUC